AUGGCGGACCCCAAAGAUCUCAAGGUCGAUGUGAUCGGCGCAGGAAUGGGUGGCUUGACCGCGGCCCUCGCCCUCGCCAAAAAGGGCUUCAAGAACAUUACAGUAUACGAGAAUGCCUCGACUUUGGGCUUUGUUGGAGCCGGUAUCCAAUUAGCUCCCAAUAUGCUACGGAUUCUGGACCGGCUCGGCUGCUUCAAAGGCACUCGCAUCGAGAAGGAGGCGACCAACAUCUUGGCGACCAGUAUUGUGCGCGGCUCGGACAAUCAAGAGCUCACGCACGUCGAAAUGCCCGACAUUGAGGAAAAGUACGGAUACCCCCACAUGACCGGCCACCGUGAGAGUUUAGCCGGCGGUCUCUACGAGGCCUGUCAAAAGGAGAGCGCCAUCAAGUUCGUCUUUGGCGUUCAGCUGCAGGACGUACUGGCUUUUGGAUCCAAGCCCCGAUUCACCGUCAAGCCGCGGGACGGUGAGGCAUACGAAGUCGAGACCGAUGUGCUCAUUGGCGCCGACGGUAUCAAGUCCAACACGCGGACGGCCAUGCUGCGCGAGCUCAAGAUCGACACGGAUGUCGAGGAUACCGGCCAGGCCGCCUACCGCAUCAUGCUCACCCGCGAGCAGUGCCAGCCGUACCCCGAGUUGAUCAAGCUGCUCGACUCCAACUGCGCCAUGCGCUGGAUCGGUGAGAAGCGACACAUUGUCGCGUAUCCCAUCGCCAACCACAACAUUUACAACUUGUCGACGGCGCAGCCCGACUCCAACUUUGCCGCGACUACCAAUGCCACAUACACAACCAAGGGUGACAAGAGCCAGAUGCUCAAGGUCUACGAGGACUUUUGUCCCCUCGUGCAGACCAUGCUGAACCUGGUGCCAGAAGGCGAGGUCUGCGAGUGGCGGCUGCGGUCCCAGAAGCCGCUGGAGCAGUGGUCGCACGGCAGCGCAUGCCUAGUCGGCGACGCCUGCCACCCGACGCUGCCGCACCUGGCGCAGGGCGCCGCUCUGGCCAUGGAGGACGCCGCCGUGCUGGCCGAGACGCUGGCUUUGGCGCCGUUGCAGAAGGACGGCAGCGGCGAGGCCGUCACCCGGGCCCUGCGCGUGUACGAGCUGCUGCGCAAGGACCGCGCCUACACCCUCGUCAACCUGGCCGCGCUCAACGGCAAGGCCAUGCACUUGGGCGAGGGCAGCGCCCGGGAGGAGCGUGACCGCAUGUUUGCCGCCGCUCGCGAGAAGGGCAAGCCCGUCCCGGACAAGUGGGCCAGCCCCGAUGUCCAGCAGAUGAUUUACUCGCACGAUUGUAUGACGAACGCGCAGGAAAAGUUUGACGAGCUGUACGCUUCGACAACAUCGUGA